AUGUACACAUCUUUGAAAUUGGUCUCCGUCGCUGCUCUCCUUGGUCUUGUCGCUGCUGCUCCCGCAUCCGAUUCCUCUUCUGGUGGCGGUGUCAAGAUUGUCAUUAAGAACCAGUGCGACUAUGAUCUGAACAUUGGCAAGCUCGAUAAUGGUGCCUCUUCUCCUGAAACCGCUGACGUUGCAAAGGGUGCCUCAAAGACUUACUCUCUUGAUUCCAAGUGGCAAGGCCGUUUCUGGGGCCGUGAAGCCGGUGAUGAAAACCCUACUGCUGGCGCAGCCGACCCAGCCUCUUUGGCCGAAUUCACUUUCAAGGGCUACGGCAAUAAUGACUAUUAUGAUGUCUCGUUCGUCGACGGUUACAACAUCCCUAUCCGUAUUGAUCCAAUUAACGGUGAUAAGAGCGGAGGCGCUGACAACGGCGAGCACUAUCUCUGCGGCGCUCCUACCUGCUCCAGCUUGCCCGCGUGCCCCGACGAACUCAAGGUGAUGGACAAUGGCGAGGAAGUCGGAUGCAAGUCUGCCUGCUCCGAGUUCAACACUGAGGAAUACUGCUGCUUCGGUAGCAUGGAUACGCCUGAAACCUGUCCAGCUAACGAGUACAGCAAGGACGUCAAGGAUGCCUGCCCUGAUGUAUACACGUAUGCUUACGAUGACCCGACCAGCACUUUUAUGUGUCGGGCCGAAGGCUACACUGUCACUUUCUGUCCUUCCUCGUAA